AUGGCGUCUGAUGAGCCCUUCAACGAGGAUUCAUUUUUGUAUCUGGUACCGGCAAGCAUCUUUGGAUUUGACAUACAGGAAAAGAAAUGGGUCAAUCUCCAGGUCGAUAACAUACACCCAGUGAAAUGGAACAAAGAGGCGUUUGAAAGUCUUGCCAUGGACGUGGAGAACAAAGAGCUAAUCGAAGCUCUGGUAAACAACAAAAUCACCGCAGACAAGGCUACCGAUAUGGUCAGAGGCAAAGGAAACGGCCUCAACAUUCUUUUGCACGGCGGGCCCGGUACAGGCAAAACCUUCACGGCAGAGGGCGUGGCAGAGAUUGCAGAGAUGCCGCUCUACCGCGUCACAUGCGGCGAUAUUGGAACGGACCCGCGAGAAGUAGAGAAGUACUUGCGAAAAGUAUUCCAACUAGGCAAGAUCUGGAACUGCGUAGUUCUUCUCGACGAGGCCGACGUCUUUCUCGAGCAGCGAACCCUCUCAGACCUCUCGCGUAACGCACUGGUGUCGGUUUUCCUUCGCAUGCUCGAGUACUACGACGGCAUUCUGAUUCUCACGAGCAACCGGGUCGGAGUUUUCGAUGAGGCGUUCAUCUCCCGCAUCCAGCUCGCGCUCUACUACCACAACCUCACAUUCGCCCAGCGCAAGCAGGUCUGGGAGAACUUUGUCCGCCGCCUGGACACGCUUGACGAGGCUGUUGACACGCAGGCGAUCCUGGCCAACACCGAAGAGCUGGCGAAGCACGAGAUGAACGGCCGUCAGAUUCGCAAUGCUAUCACUACGGCGCGCCAGUUGGCGCUGUUCAAGAAGGAGUCGAUGGGCAUCAAGCAUUUAGAUCAUUCGAUCAAGGUGUCGGGGAAGUUUAACAGGUAUCUGCGUGAUGUAAGUGAGCAGAUAAGGAAUGUUGACGAUGGAAAUACGCAGACGGAGUGGCAGGCUGUGAAUGGCUCUUCCAUCACUGGUGGGAUGCUCGAUAGAUGA